AUGAGCCUAGUGGGCAAUUUUACGUCCAACGGCGACCGUGAGGCUACGCACAAUGGCGUCGCCUCUGCGGGCGCAGUCCAUCCUACCGAGCGCAUAGGCUCCGACACCUCGGACGACUCGACCAUCGCCGAGGAAACGCGCCACAACACACACAACAACACCCUCGGCGCCGACGUCAAGGAUUCGACCUUCACCACCACACAAAACUCCGAGGCCGUGUCUGAGGCCGACAGCGCAGAGAGGAGGAAUUCUGCCGUCCACGCACUUGCCCGCCGAUACACACAGCAGAGCACAGCGUCCACAACACGGCAGAACCCCUUCAACGCUACUGCAGGCUCGCCGCUAGACCCCAAUGGCGAGCACUUCAACGCCCGCGCCUGGGCCAAGGCCAUGCUGCACACGCAGCUCGAGGACCCCAAUGCGCCGCCGCCACGCACUGCCGGUGUUGCUUUCCGGAACCUGAACGUACAUGGCUUUGGUUCCGACACGGACUACCAGAAGAGCGUGGGCAACGUCUGGCUGGAGGGUCCUGGUUUUGCGAGGAAGCUGAUGGGCAACAAGGGCCGCAAGAUUGAGAUUCUGCAGUCCUUGGACGGCCUCGUCGAGGCGGGAGAGAUGCUCGUCGUUCUGGGACCUCCUGGUUCGGGAUGUUCCACUUUUCUCAAGACAGUUGCGGGAGAGACGCACGGGUUCUUCGUGGACCAGAGCUCUGAUAUCAACUACCAAGGUAUCGCUGCGAAGCAGAUGGCAAAGGACUUUCGUGGAGAAGCCAUCUACACGGCUGAAGUCGACGUUCACUUUCCCAUGCUUACUGUUGGCGAAACCCUCUAUUUCGCGGCCAAGGCACGCGCCCCACGGCACAUUCCCGGCGGUGCGACUACAGACCAGUUCGCUGAGCAUAUGCGCGAUGUCAUCAUGGCCAUGUUCGGCAUCAGCCAUACGAUCAACACGCGGGUUGGAAACGACUUCAUCCGCGGUGUGUCUGGUGGUGAGCGCAAACGUGUCUCUAUCGCUGAGGCUUCGCUCAGCAAAGCUCCCCUGCAAUGCUGGGACAAUUCUACACGUGGUCUGGACAGUGCCAACGCUAUUGAGUUCUGUAAGACUCUUCGCAUGGAGACUGAGAUCAACGGUGCUACGGCUUGCGUUGCCAUCUACCAGGCUCCCCAGGCAGCUUACGAUGUCUUCGACAAGGCGCUCGUUCUGUACGAGGGCAGGCAGAUCUACUUUGGUCCCACAACCUCAGCCAAGCAGUUCUUCGUCAACAUGGGUUUCGACUGCCCGGAUCGCCAGACUGAUGCGGAUUUCCUGACUUCCAUGACAAGCCCUCUUGAACGUGUCGUCCGCCCUGGAUUCGAAGAUCGCGUUCCCCGUACUCCUGAUGAGUUUGCUCAGCGAUGGAAGGACUCGCCAGAGCGUGCCGAGCUCAUGCUGCAGAUCGAAGCAUACAACCAGAAGUUCCCUGUGGGUGGCGAGCAGCUGGAAAAGUUCAAGGAAUCCCGGAAAGCACAGCAAGCCAAAGGCCAGCGUAUCAAGUCCCCUUACACCUUGUCGUACAUGCAGCAGGUCAAGCUCUGCUUGUGGCGCGGUUUCAGACGACUCAUGGCUGAUCCGAGUAUCACACUGACCCAGCUCAUCGCAAACUCCAUCAUGGCACUCAUCAUCGCUUCUGUCUUCUACAACCUGCCUUCGACUACGAGCAGUUUUUAUUCUCGCGCUGCUCUUCUCUUCUUCGCUAUUCUGAUGAACGCCUUUGGUUCCGCCCUCGAAAUCCUAACCUUGUACGCACAACGACCAAUCGUCGAGAAACAUUCUCGAUACGCGCUGUACCAUCCAUCAGCUGAGGCGUUCGCUUCUAUGUUGACGGACAUGCCCUACAAGGUACUCAAUGCCAUCACGUUCAACUUAGUCCUGUAUUUCAUGACGAACCUUCGACGAACACCGGGCAACUUUUUCUUCUUCGUCCUCAUAUCCUUCAUCCUCACGCUCGUCAUGUCCAUGUUCUUCCGGUCCAUUGCGUCCCUCUCACGGUCUCUCGUACAAGCUUUGGCGCCCGCAGCCAUCCUGAUCUUGGGUCUCGUCAUGUACACCGGUUUCGCCAUCCCACCCAACUAUGUUCUCGGCUGGUCAAUCUGGAUCCGAUAUCUAAACCCCGUGGCCUACGCUUUCGAAGCGCUGAUGAUCAACGAGUUCCAUAAUCGCCAAUUUGCCUGUGUCAACUAUGUGCCUAUGGGACCCGGGUACGAAAAUAUAUCUGGUCAGGAACGCGUCUGCUCCACCGUUGGAUCCAAGGCUGGUGUGCCUUACGUUGAUGGUGAUGACUACAUCAACUCGGCCUUCAAUUACUACGCUAAGAACAAGUGGAGGAAUUUCGGCAUCCUUUGGGUCUUCCUGUUUGGUCUCAUGUUCGUUUACCUUGCUGCUACCGAGUUCAUCACAUCCAAGAAGUCCAAGGGUGAAGUCCUAGUCUUCCGUCGCGGACACAGGGCUAUCAAGAAGAGCAAAUCCACCGAUGAUCUCGAGGCCGCACCUGCCGGCCGCAACGUCGCCGUCCAGAACCAAUCCGAUGAACUCGCCAUGAUCGAACGCCAGACCGCCAUCUUCCAAUGGCAGAACGUGUGCUAUGACAUCAAGAUAAAGAAGGAGCCUCGUCGCAUUUUGGACCACGUUGAUGGCUGGGUCAAACCUGGAACUUUGACUGCACUUAUGGGUGUCUCUGGUGCCGGUAAGACUACACUUCUGGACUGUUUGGCUACCCGUACCACUAUGGGUGUCAUCACUGGUGAGAUGCUUGUUGACGGCAAACCUCGCGACGACUCUUUCCAGCGCAAGACCGGGUACGCUCAGCAGCAGGAUCUCCAUUUGUCCACCUCUACCGUCCGUGAAGCUCUUACCUUCUCCGCUAUCCUCCGUCAGCCUGCUCACGUUCCUCGCCAAGAGAAGGUCGACUACGUCGAGGAAGUUAUCAAGCUUUUGGAAAUGCAGGAAUACGCCGACGCCAUCGUUGGUGUUCCUGGUGAGGGUCUCAAUGUCGAGCAGCGCAAGCGUCUUACAAUCGGUGUCGAACUCGCUGCUAAGCCAGCUUUGCUUCUCUUCCUCGACGAGCCUACCUCCGGAUUGGACUCUCAGACUUCAUGGGCCAUUCUUGACCUUUUGGACAAGUUGAAGAAGAAUGGUCAGGCUAUUCUCUGCACUAUCCACCAGCCUUCCGCUAUGCUUUUUGCCCGCUUCGACCGUCUCCUGUUCCUCAAGAAGGGUGGCCAGACAGUGUACUUCGGCGAGGUCGGGGCCAACUCCAAGAUCUUGAUCGACUACUUUGUGCGCCAGGGUGGACCGCCUUGCCCGCCUGCUGCUAACCCCGCUGAAUGGAUGCUCGAGGUCAUCGGCGCAGCCCCUGGAUCGUCUACCGACAUCGACUGGCACCAAGCAUGGCGCAACUCGGCUGAGUACGCUGCGGUUCAGGAACACCUGGCUGAACUCAAGUACGAGCGUGGUCAGGCGACUGCACUUGAACGCACUGUUUCCGCGCAGAAGCGUGAGGAUAAGGCUGCCUACCGCGAGUUUGCCGCGCCCUUCGGCCAGCAACUUCGCGAAGUUACCGUUCGUGUCUUCCAACAAUACUGGCGCACCCCCUCGUACAUCUAUUCCAAGACUGCUCUUUGCGUUCUCUCUGGUCUCUUCAUCGGUUUCUCACUCUUCAAGACGCCCAACACGCAACAAGGUCUCCAAAACCAGAUGUUCGGUAUCUUCAUGCUUAUGACCAUCUUCGGACAGCUCGUCCAGCAGAUCAUGCCCCACUUCGUCACGCAGCGUGCCCUCUACGAGGUGCGCGAACGCCCAAGCAAAGCAUACUCGUGGAAAGCCUUCAUGAUCGCCAACAUCGUUGUCGAGCUCCCUUGGAACACCCUCAUGGCCGCCCUCAUCUUCUUCUGCUGGUAUUACCCCAUUGGUCUCUACCAGAAUGCCGUCGAGUCCGACUCUGUCACCCUCCGUGGCGCGCAGAUGUUCCUCUUUCUCUGGAUGUUCCUGCUCUUCACAUCGACGUUCGCGCACAUGGUCAUUGCCGGUGUCGAAAUGGCCGAGGCCGGUGGCAACAUCGCCAACUUGUGCUUCUCGCUCUGUCUCGUCUUCUGCGGUGUUCUGGCCACCCCCGAGCAACUCCCCGGCUUCUGGAUCUUCAUGUAUCGCGUGUCGCCCUUCAGCUACAUGGUCUCAGGCAUGCUGUCCGUCGGCGUCGCAAACUCAAAGGUUAUAUGCGCGCCCAACGAGCUCCUCAACUUUGAGCCGCCGCAAGGCCAGUCCUGCGGCGAAUACAUGUCGACGUAUCAGCAGGUCUUCGGCGGCUACGCACAAGACCCCAACGCCACGUCCGGCUGCCAGUACUGCUCCGUGGGCGACACCAACGUCUUCCUCGCGUCCGUCCACGCCGAGUACAGCAAGGUGUGGCGCAACUUCGGCAUCCUGUGGGCAUACGUGCUCUUCAACAUCGCGGGCGCGCUGUUCUUCUACUGGCUCGCGCGCGUGCCGAAGAAGGCGAAGAAGGAGAAGGAGGAGCUGAGUCCGCAACAGGCCGAGGCCGAGGAGCGGGCACUGGAGCGCGUGCGCACGAACCGCACUGCAAGGACGACUGAGGAGGCCGAGGAGCAGCAGCAGCAGCAGCAGCAGCAGCAGAUUGGCGGUACCGCGCACGACAUCAAGGAGGAGAAGGCGUAGCAGCUUUCCCUCCCUAAAUUUCUCUUUCCACCUCCAUCUCGGGUUCGAGGAGAGGCUGUCAAUUGGUUUUUUUUUUUUUUUCUUUUU